AUGUCUAAGUUGAAAAGGAAAUUUACAGAAAGUAGCUAUGUAUUGUUAAAGGAAAUAGAACUUUCUGUCUUUUUAAGAGAUAAUUGUAUCAGAGCAUUAAAUAUUUACACGGUAAGGCUGCUGUCAUGGGACGCAGGAGAGCACCAGGUCGACCUGGAGAAGGAGUUAUCCACCCUCACGGCGCAGGCACCCGAGGGGGAGGAAGCUCGCUAUGGCGAACGUCUGAUCCAGUUCGCUUCAGAGAACCUGGUGACGGAGAUCCUGAUCCACCCUCAGAUGAACACGCUGAUGCAGUGCAUGCGGAACCUGCUCAGCUCCUUUACUCGACACAGGCACCUUGUGCACGCUGGAUAUACAUUCGCUGGGAACGGCUCCUGGAUCAUGCAGGACGGGACCUUUUCCCUAGCUGACUUCACUGAUGCUUACCAAGAGAAUGAGGUACAGCGCGUCAUUCGCGCCUAUGAGAAUUCGAUUUCUAUUGAUGUUCACUGCUCCACCAGCGGUGGAGGAGAAUGGGCCAAGCUCCCGGAGAUGCCCUUCGUGAAAUACUGCAAGAUUAGGGUCAACCCUACUGAUAUACUCGACUCUGGCUCUCAAGCCAUCAAGGAUUUUAUUGCCGGUAAACGAGCAGAUGGACACCUGGAACACCAGAGGCGUUACAAGUGCGUUACCGGCCUUUUGGAGAUUAGGAGUUUGAGGAUCGUUGGGGAUUCAGGAAUCGGGGAGAUUGGGGAAGAAGAGGCAUACCUGGACCCAUACGUGGUACCAGCCAGCCUGGACCAGCUCCUGGUGUCGAGCGACGUGGUGGGCAACAUCAGGUUCAGCCACCCCACGCUCUACGUGUUCCCAGGAGGACAAGGAGACGCCGCGCUGUUCGGCAUUAAUGGAUUUAAUAUGCUUGUGGAUGGAGGCUUCUCCCGCAAGGCUUGCUGGUGGGACUUCGCCCGCCACUUGGACCGUCUUGACGCAGUCCUGUUCACCAGGCUCAACAACUGCUCUGUCUCCGGCAUGGCAUCUGUCCUGCGCAGGAAGGCAGGAGCUACUGUCUACCCACAGAUUGGACACUUCUUCUGUACCUACUUCAUAGGUACUGGACACUUCCAACUUCUAUCACCACUCUGUAUCGAGCAAGAUGAAAGGCGCGCUCUCGCGAGCCCUGACGGAGAUAAGGAUACGGAUCCUCUGCUGGUGUCGCUGCUGCAGGAGGGCUCCGACAUGAUGGCCGACCUGCGCCAUAUCAACCUCAAACCACAACACUGCUACAGAAGUCCAGAGCCCAUCAAUCUCUACCAUAAAGUUGGACAUGGUACCCUAGACAUGUACGUACUGAAUCCGUCCAAGGACUCUAAAUACGUUCGUGAAUUCUUGAAACGUUGGCACAACAGUGAACAAAAGCUAUUCGAUGGUGCGAGUGUGUCUGGACAGUUUAACUUCCCGAUACCUAACUUAGUUUCCAUCUGUGCGUUACUAGUGUGGCGCCCAGCCAACCCCGACGACACGAUCACGAGGAUUAUGUUCCCGGGAUCGACACCACAACACAAAAUAUUCGAAGGCUUAGAAAAACUUAAACACUUAGAAUUUUUACAACAUCCCACUUGCACAGGCAGGCAGAUGGCGCCUACGGUGCCAGCUGUCACCGCUACAGCAACUACGGUUACAACUACAAAAACUAGCGCUAAGACGACAACCAAAUCCAGUAAAGAAAGAAGUAUCAUUACAGAAAAAACGAAAGACGACAAAAUUGUUGAACCUGAACCUCCUCCAAAAGAUCUUAAAGAUGGUGAAACAAAGAAUAUAAUAGAUAAUAAACUACUUAGUGAGCUCGUAGAUGCGGAAGAUAAAAUGGACUCCGUCUUACACGAGGCUAUAACUGCGAGAAUAGAAACUAAACUAGAUGAUAAGAUUGCUCAAUACGAGAGCACUGUGAUAGAUGGUUUACCUAAAAAGAAAGAUGUCAAAAAGAAGGCUGUGGAGAAGAAAACGAAACGCGUUGAUAAGACUGAUGAAGUUAAAGACUCUGUAGUUAAGGCUGAUGCUAAAAAAGUUGAAGCUGAAGCGAAAACAAAAGUAGAAAAGAAAUCAAAAGUUGACACACGCAAGUCUGAAAUGACGUCGUCAGUUACAAGAAGUAAAAUCAGUCAUCGCGCAACGCGGGCUGUUUCCGAACGAAAAGCAACAUCAAGUACAGAGAAAAAAGCAGGAUCAGAAGAUAAAAAGUCACCCCCAACAACCCCUAAAAAAUUACCUGACACUAAAUCUACUCCAUCCGUACCAGUUUUAAAAGAUAAAAUAAAAGCCAAAACUAGAAGACUGAGUCCAGGAAGCACCCCAGCUAAGAGCACUAAGGAAGCGAAAAAUCGCAUGGUUGUCGAAUCAAAAUACAAACAAGCAUCACCCAAGAGAGAAGCCACCACAAAGUCAUCUGAAAAGAAAGAAACUAAAGCUAAACGGGAACCUAUUUCGCGCCGGCCGAGACCCUUAUCAUCACCGGUGAAAGGGUUGAAAGCUAUGAAAAGCCCAACCAAAUCCGUGAAGUCAGUUAAAGGUGAUGCCUCAAAGUUGAAGGGCUUACAAAGAGUAAAUUAUGAAGAUAUUCUAAAAGAUGCUAAGAAAUCUGACGAAGACACAUCCAAAUCCCUCGAUGACAUUAAACAACAAGAAUUAGACGAAAGAGAAGAACAAGAAAUUGUAAGAGAAAUUGAAGCUGUUUUCAACAGGGACAGCGAAGCUGAAGAGAAAAUUGAAUUUGUAGGACGAUCGGAUAUUGAAAAAAUUACAUGUUUAUUAGACGAUACUAAGACUGAAACGACUGCCGACGGCGAAUUUGAAGAAGAAUAUCUUAUAAUAGAAAAAGAAGAAGUUGAACAGUAUACCGAAGACUCUGCUGUAGAACGAGAGGAUAGUCACGAGCAUGAAGAUGAAUUACAAAAACAUGCUAAAGAUAAAGAGGAAUCUGAGAAAAAGAAAGAUAUAACCGUACUAGAAAAACCUGAAGAAACACAAAUCAAGACUGAAGCCGUUAUCGAAACGGACACGAAACAAAUUGAAUCUAAAGAACACUCAGUAAGCGUCGAAGAAAAACAAGAUAUAAGCAGUGAAAAGAAGACCUCUGAUAGUAAAAGUAUUCCUAAACCCAAAGAUUCUCUUGAAAUGCAGGUUCAAGAGUCUCAGCCGGAUGAGAAAAUAUCUACUACUAUUGAAUCAGGAGCAACCACUGCACCAACUCUGCCUGAAGAUGAAAGGAUAACACUUGAUGAUAUUAAAGAGGAUCAACAGGUUGAAGAAAAACACGUUCAGGAAGAGACUAAGGAAGUAAUUCCACCACAAAGUUUAAUUGACACAAAACCAUUAUCACUAGAAAAGAGCCCUAAACUUGAGUCUGUUCCAGUUCCAAUAAGAGAAAUCGUCAAGACUCCAGAUGAAGUAGCCGACUUACCUUUGCAUGAAGAAGUUGACUACAGAACUUAUGUAGAAAAGAAAACACCAGAAGAAGAAUUCGUAAAACGAAAAUCUGAUGACGUCAAAGUUCCUACAGACCUACCUCUCCUAGACCAAGAAGGUGGAGUAACAUACAAAGGAAUGAAAGCAGUUCAAGACGAUGUUGUUAUCAAAACUGUGCAACGUGCGUCCCAUGCUGAACUUGUCACCGUAACACCUGGAUCUGCUCCAGAGUCCCCAAUGUACCACGAACAAAUGAAAGUGUCAGCAGUUCCCGAUAAAGACCUAAAACCAGUGAAGGAAUAUGAUGAUGGAGAAUACGACUAUGGGCAGUAUACUGAGAAAUUGCGAGAAACUCACAUUACAACUCUCGAUUCACCAAUAAAAGAUGAUAUUAUUGUAAUCGAAGAGAUUCCAUGUAUGCCUGAAAAGAUCCCUUCAAUACCUGAAGAUGUUGAAAAAGAGAUUGAAGAAGCUCGUAAGUUGGAAAUGCCUGACAAACCUCCUUUGAGUCCUAAAGAAGUCGAAAAAAUUGUUGCUGAUGUCGCUGAAGUACUUAAAUCAGACAAAAGCUUAGAAGAAAUCAUGGCCGAGAAAUCUCCUUUGCUUAGUAAAUCUCCGGAAGUUUUUCCAGUUACGCCAGUUACUGUUAGUGCUAUCGAAGCUACAAAAAUGCUCUUAACUAGUGAACAAGCAAUCAAACACGAUUUGCUUGAAGAACCCAAAGAGACAACAGCCCUGGAUACAAAGCCACAUGAUAUCUCGGAAAUACAAAAAGAAGUGUCACCAGCCCGAUCCAUAACAUCAGAGGACGUUAGUGAAACUUCGGACAAGACAGUGCUUAGUGAGAGUAAACGAGUCAAACGAGAACUCAUAGACGAGAAGAUAAUCGAGAAAGUAGAUGAUGUUAAAGAAAGUAUAUUCAAAGAAAUUAGUUCUGAUGUUACUGACCAUGUUGCAGACAUAGUUAAAGAAAAAUCUUUACUCGAAGAUUUAGAAGAAAAACCCGAAAAACGAGUUAUUACAACACUAGAAUCAGCAAAAACGUUAGAAAAACUAGAAGAAAAAAUUGCUGAUCUUAAAAGAAAGGAAGAGAUAAUUUUACAAGAAAAGACUGAGGUUCCUGAUGUAUCAGAAAAACUUAUUAAAGAUAAAUCACCCACAGAAGAAAAAGAAGUCUCGGAACAAGAAAUUCCGAAAAAAACCUUAUUGCAAAAGGCUGAAACUAAAGUUGAAAAAGUUGCCGGAAAAGUGUCAGCAUUCAAAGAUGAAGUGUUCGGAUUCUUUGGCAAAAAAUCAGACAAGAAAGAGCCAAGCCCAGAGAAAGAGAGUCCUGAAAAAGCUCCAGUAAAGGCAACUGAGACCAAAAAAGAGUCGGUUUCCAAAACACCAAGCCCCAUUAAAGUAGAACCUUCACAAAGUCUUUUGACUGACGAACAACCUGAUGCAAAGCCUGGAGUAUCAAUAUUUGAAGAAAUGAAGGAUCACAUUGUUGAUACUACUAAAGAAGCUACAAAAGACCUAGAUUUGAAGAAACUCACACAUGAGGAACCAGUUCUUAUUGAAAAAGAGCCGAGCCCAGACAUCUCAGACGAUAAGCUUCCUAGCUUAAUCUAUGAUGAAGAUCAAGAAUUAGACAUCGAGGAGAGGUUGAUUGGAUUUGAACCCAGUGGUAAACCAGAGGAAUUCACAACUACACAAGUUGUAACACUCAUUGAGAAAGGUAUCGUAAUUAUCAGGAAAACUACAACAACAACAAUUUUACAAGAAUAUAGUAACGUCACUCGAACGAUUGUUAGAUAUAAAACCACUGUACUAACUAUUGAAGAUGAUGAACUUCCAGAUGGGAAAAAGAUUGGAAGAACAUACAGAAAAGUAUGCCUUUCUCAUGAACGACCAAAACUUGCUGCAACUAAGACUGAAAAACCACUUAGCCCUAUUAAGCUUGACAAAGAGGAGUCACUUCAAGAAAAAACCGACGACAAGCCUAGUUCACCAGUUCAUACAGAAGAAAUAUUGUCAAAAUCUUCGGAUUUAGAAGAUAAAACAGUUUCGACGACCUCUAAACCAGACUUAAUUUAUAACGAAGAUGAGGAAUUGGAAAUUGAAGAACGACUUAUGGCCUUUGAGCCUGCUGGAAAACCAGAAGAAGUAACUACUACACAAAUAACAACAAUUACAGAAAAAGGCAUCUUUAUCAAAAGAAAAUCCACUGUAACGACAAUCCUUCAAGAAUACACAAAUGUAUCUAAAACAACAUUCAGAUAUAAAACUACUGUUUUAACGAUCGAAGAAGACGAGAUGCCAGAUGGUACCAAAUAUAGUCGAACCAUUCGAAAAGUCUCCCUUGCUUAUGAAAAACCGAAACUACCAUCUCCUACAACUAGUGAAAAGUCCAUUAGUUCAGAAGUAGAAAUAUCGGAAAAAAUGUCUGACAAAACAACAGUUGAAAAAGAUAAAGGAGAACCUAUCACAGACACCCUUGAUGACAAAAUAGUUAGUCCAGUAAAGCCAGAUGGAUCUGCGCCAGUUUCUUUAAAACCGGAUGGAUCAACACCUACUUUAAUCUGGGAUGAAUCACAAGAAACGGAAAUUGACGAGAUAUUAAAAGAUUUCAAGCCUUUGGGUAAACCUGAGGAACACACAAUUUACAAACAUGAAUCUAUAGUUGUAAAAGGAGUAACAGUAAUGAGAGAAUAUAUCAUUACCACAGUAAUCACUGAAUUUAAACACGUCAGUAAAAAAAUUAAAAAAUACAAGGUUUGCAUUAUGACUAUAGAAGCAGAUAAUUACCCAGAUGGUUCCAAGUUUACCCGUGUUAUAAGACAAAUGAAACUUUUCGAAAAGAAACCUGACCCUAUACCAUUUGAAUUUGAAGAUAAAUUACAAAUCCCUGAAGAAGGGUCAAAUGUGGAAACAAGUGUUAAAACUAUGCUUGCUGUACCCAAUAAAAGAACAGAAAUUGUCGAACCGAGUCUCAUCACAUCAGACGAAAAGGCGCCUAGCCCAGUACAUGUGGAUGAGAAAGCACCCAGUCCAGACAAGGUGGAUAAAAAAGAACCAAUCCCGGUUAAGCCUGAUGACAGAAAACCAAGUCUCAUUACGUCGGACGAUAAAGCUCCCAGCCCAGUACAUCUCGAUGAGAAAGUACCCAGCCCAGUCAAGCUAGAUGACAAAGAGCCUAGUCCAGUUAAAUCUGAUGAGAGGAAGCCAAGUCUCAUCACGCCAGAAGAAAAGGCACCCAGCCCAGUACAUCUCGAUGAGAAAGUACCCAGCCCAGUCAAGCUAGAUGACAAAGAGCCUAGUCCAGUUAAAUCUGAUGAGAGGAAGCCAAGUCUCAUCAUGCCAGAAGAAAAGGCUCCCAGCCCAGUACAUCUCGAUGAGAAAGUACCCAGCCCAGUCAAGCCAGAUGACAAAGAGCCUAGUCCAGUUAAGCCUGAUGAUAGAAAACCAAGUCUCAUCACAACAGAAGAAAAGGCACCCAGCCCAGUACAUCUCGAUGAGAAAGUACCCAGCCCAGUCAAGCCAGAUGACAAAGAGCCUAGUCCAGUUAAGCCUGAUGAGAGAAAACCAAGUCUCAUCACGCCAGAAGAAAAGGCUCCCAGCCCAGUACAUCUCGAUGAGAAAGUACCCAGCCCAGUCAAGCCAGAUGACAAAGAGCCUAGUCCAGUUAAAUCUGAUGAGAGGAAGCCAAGUCUCAUCACGCCAGAAGAAAAGGCUCCCAGCCCAAUACAUCUCGAUGAGAAAGUACCCAGCCCAGUCAAGCCAGAUGACAAAGAACCAAGCCCGGUUAAGCCUGAUGACAGAAAACCAAGUCUCAUUACUUCGGACGAAAAAGCUCCCAGCCCAGUACAUCUCGAUGAGAAAGUACCCAGCCCAGUCAAGCCAGAUGACAAAGAGCCUAGUCCAGUUAAGCCUGAUGAUAGAAAACCAAGUCUCAUCACGACAGAAGAAAAGACACCCAGCCCAAUACAUCUCGAUGAGAAAGUACCCAGCCCAGUCAAGCCAGAUGACAAAGAAACAAUCCCGGUUAAAUCUGAUGAGGGGAAGCCAAGUCUCAUCACGCCAGAAGAUAAGGCUCCCAGCCCAGUACAUCUCGAUGAGAAAGUACCCAGCCCACUCAAGCCAGAUGACAAAGAGCCUAGUCCAGUUAAGCCUGAUGAUAGAAAACCAAGUCUCAUCACGACAGAAGAAAAGACACCCAGCCCAAUACAUCUCGAUGAGAAAGUACCCAGCCCAGUCAAGCCAGAUGACAAAGAAACAAUCCCGGUUAAAUCUGAUGAGGGGAAGCCAAGUCUCAUCACGCCAGAAGAAAAGGCUCCCAGCCCAGUACAUCUUGAUGAGAAAAUACCCAGCCCAGUCAAGCCAGAUGAGAAAGUACCCAGCCCAGACAAGGUGGAUGAAAUAGAGCCUAGUCCAGUUAAGCCUGAUGAUAGAAAACCAAGUCUCAUCACGACAGAAGAAAAGACACCCAGCCCAAUACAUCUCGAUGAGAAAGUACCCAGCCCAGUCAAGCCAGAUGACAAAGAAACAAUCCCGGUUAAAUCUGAUGAGGGGAAGCCAAGUCUCAUCACGCCAGAAGAAAAGGCUCCCAGCCCAGUACAUCUUGAUGAGAAAAUACCCAGCCCAGUCAAGCCAGAUGAGAAAGUACCCAGCCCAGACAAGGUGGAUGAAAUAGAGCCUAGUCCAGUUAAGCCUGAUGAUAGAAAACCAAGUCUCAUCACGACAGAAGAAAAGGCACCCAGCCCAGUACAUCUCGAUGAGAAAGUACCCAGCCCAGUCAAGCCAGAUGACAAAGAACCAAGCCCGGUUAAGCCUGAUGACAGAAAACCAAGUCUCAUUACUACGGACGAUAAAGCUCCCAGCCCAGUACAUCUCGAUGAGAAAGUACCCAGCCCAGUCAAGCCAGAUGACAAAGAGCCUAGUCCAGUUAAAUCUGAUGAGAGGAAACCAAGUCUCAUCACGACAGAAGAAAAGGCACCCAGCCCAGUACAUCGUGAUGAGAAAGUACCCAGCCCAGUCAAGCCAGAUGACAAAGAGCCUAGUCCAGUUAAAUCUGAUGAGAGGAAGCCAAGUCUCAUCACGCCAGAAGAAAAGGCUCCAAGCCCAGUACAUCUCGAUGAGAAAGUACCCAGCCCAGUCAAGCCAGAUGACAAAGAGCCUAGUCCAGUUAAGCCUGAUGAUAGAAAACCAAGUCUCAUCACGACAGAAGAAAAGGCACCCAGCCCAGUACAUCUCGAUGAGAAAGUACCUAGCCCAGCCAAGCCAGAUGACAAAGAGCCUAGUCCAGUUAAAUCUGAUGAGAGGAAGCCAAGUCUCAUCACGCCAGAAGAAAAGGCACCCAGCCCAGUACAUCUCGAUGAGAAAGAAGCUAGCCCAGUCAAGCCAGAUGACAAAGAUCCUAGUCUAGGUGAACCUGAUGAGAGAAAACCAAGUCUCAUCACGCCAGAAGAAAAGGUUCCCAGCCCAAUACAUCUCGAUGAGAAAGUACCCAGCCCAGUCAAGCCAGAUGACAAGGAACCUAGUCUAGGUAAACCUGAUGAGAGGAAACCUAGCCUCAUCACGCCAGAAGAAAAGGCGCCUAGCCCAGUACAUCUCGAUGAGAAAGUACCCAGCCUAGUCAAGCCAGAUGAGAAGGUACCCAACCCAGUCAAGCCAGAUGACAAAGAACCAAGCCUGGUUAAGCCUGAUGAGAGAAAACCAAGUCUCAUUACGACAGAAGAAAAGGCACCCAGCCCAGUACAUCUCGAUGAGAAGGUACCCAGCCCAGUCAAGCCAGAUGACAAAGAACCAAGCCCGGUUAAGCCUGAUGACAGAAAACCAAGUCUCAUUACUUCAGACGAUAAAGCUCCCAGCCCAGUACAUGUCGAUGAGAAAGUACCCAGCCCAGUCAAGCCAGAUGAUAAAGAGCCUAGUCCAAAUAAAUCUGAUGAGAGGAAGCCAAGUCUCAUCACGCCAGAAGAAAAGGCUCCCAGCCCAGUACAUCUCGAUGAGAAAGUACCCAGCCCAGUCAAGCCAGAUGACAAAGAACCAAGCCCGGUUAAGCCUGAUGACAGAAAACCAAGUCUCAUUACUUCGGACGAUAAAGCUCCCAGCCCAGUACAUCUCGAUGAGAAAGUACCCAGCCCAGUCAAGCCAGGUGACAAAGAGCCUAGUCCAAUUAAGCCUGAUGAUAGAAAACCAAGUCUCAUCACGCCAGAAGAAAAGGCUCCCAGCCCAGUACAUCUCGAUGAGAAAGUACCCAGCCCAGUCAAGCCAGAUGACAAAGAGCCUAGUCCAGUUAAGCCUGAUGAUAGAAAACCAAGUCUCAUCACGACAGAAGAAAAGGCACCCAGCCCAGUACAUCUCGAUGAGAAAGAAGCUAGCCCAGUCAAGCCAGAUGACAAAGAUCCUAGUCUAGGUGAACCUGAUGAGAGAAAACCAAGUCUCAUCACGCCAGAAGAAAAGGCUCCCAGCCCAGUACAUCUCGAUGAGAAAGUACCCAGCCUAGUCAAGCCAGAUGAGAAGGUACCCGUACCCAGCCCAGUCAAGCCAGAUGACAAAGAGCCUAGUCCAGUUAAAUCUGAUGAGAGGAAGCCAAGUCUCAUCACGACAGAAGAAAAGGCACCCAGCCCAGUACAUCUCGAUGAGAAAGAAGCUAGCCCAGUCAAGCCAGAUGACAAAGAUCCUAGUCUAGGUGAACCUGAUGAGAGAAAACCAAGUCUCAUCACGCCAGAAGAAAAGGCUCCCAGCCCAGUACAUCUCGAUGAGAAAGUACCCAGCCUAGUCAAGCCAGAUGAGAAGGUACCCGUACCCAGCCCAGCCAAGCCAGAUGACAAAGAGCCUAGUCCAGUUAAAUCUGAUGAGAGGAAGCCAAGUCUCAUCACGCCAGAAGAAAAGGCUCCAAGCCCAGUACAUCUCGAUGAGAAAGUACCCAGCCCAGUCAAGCCAGAUGACAAAGAGCCUAGUCCAGUUAAGCCUGAUGAUAGAAAACCAAGUCUCAUCACGACAGAAGAAAAGGCACCCAGCCCAGUACAUCUCGAUGAGAAAGAAGCUAGCCCAGUCAAGCCAGAUGACAAAGAUCCUAGUCUAGGUGAACCUGAUGAGAGAAAACCAAGUCUCAUCACGCCAGAAGAAAAGGCUCCCAGCCCAAUACAUCUCGAUGAGAAAGUACCCAGCCUAGUCAAGCCAGAUGACAAAGAACCAAGCCUGGUUAAGCCUGAUGAGAGAAAACCAAGUCUCAUUACGACAGAAGAAAAGGCACCCAGCCCAGUACAUCUCGAUGAGAAGGUACCCAGCCCAGUCAAGCCAGAUGACAAAGAACCAAGCCCGGUUAAGCCUGAUGACAGAAAACCAAGUCUCAUUACUUCAGACGAUAAAGCUCCCAGCCCAGUACAUGUCGAUGAGAAAGUACCCAGCCCAGUCAAGCCAGAUGACAAGGAACCUAGUCUAGGUAAACCUGAUGAGAGGAAACCUAGCCUCAUCACGCCAGAAGAAAAGGCGCCUAGCCCAGUACAUCUCGAUGAGAAAGUACCCAGCCUAGUCAAGCCAGAUGACAAAGAACCAAGCCUGGUUAAGCCUGAUGAGAGGAAGCCAAGUCUCAUCACGCCAGAAGAAAAGGCUCCCAGCCCAGUACAUCUCGAUGAGAAAGUACCCAGCCCAGUCAAGCCAGAUGACAAUGAACCAAGCCCGGUUAAGCCUGAUGACAGAAAACCAAGUCUCAUUACUUCGGACGAUAAAGCUCCCAGCCCAGUACAUCUCGAUGAGAAAGUACCCAGCCCAGUCAAGCCAGAUGACAAUGAACCAAGCCCGGUUAAGCCUGAUGACAGAAAACCAAGUCUCAUUACUUCGGACGAUAAAGCUCCCAGCCCAGUACAUCUCGAUGAGAAAGUACCCAGCCCAGUCAAGCCAGGUGACAAAGAGCCUAGUCCAAUUAAGCCUGAUGAUAGAAAACCAAGUCUCAUCACGACAGAAGAAAAGGCACCCAGCCCAGUACAUCUCGAUGAGAAAGAAGCUAGCCCAGUCAAGCCAGAUGACAAAGAUCCUAGUCUAGGUGAACCUGAUGAGAGAAAACCAAGUCUCAUCACGCCAGAAGAAAAGGCUCCCAGCCCAGUACAUCUCGAUGAGAAAGUACCCAGCCUAGUCAAGCCAGAUGAGAAGGUACCCGUACCCAGCCCAGUCAAGCCAGAUGACAAAGAGCCUAGUCCAGUUAAGCUUGAUGAUAGAAAACCAAGUCUCAUCACGACAGAAGAAAAGGCACCCAGCCCAGUACAUUUCGAUGAGAAAGUACCCAGCCCAGUCAAGCCAGAUGACAAAGAGCCUAGUCCAGUUAAAUCUGAUGAGAGGAAGCCAAGUCUCAUCACGCCAGAAGAAAAGGCUCCAAGCCCAGUACAUCUCGAUGAGAAAGUACCCAGCCCAGCCAAGCCAGAUGACAAAGAGCCUAGUCCAGUUAAAUCUGAUGAGAGGAAGCCAAGUCUCAUCACGCCAGAAGAAAAGGCUCCAAGCCCAGUACAUCUCGAUGAGAAAGUACCCAGCCCAGCCAAGCCAGAUGACAAAGAGCCUAGUCCAGUUAAAUCUGAUGAGAGGAAGCCAAGUCUCAUCACGACAGAAGAAAAGGCACCCAGCCCAGUACAUCUCGAUGAGAAAGUACCUAGCCCAGCCAAGCCAGAUGACAAAGAGCCUAGUCCAGUUAAAUCUGAUGAGAGGAAGCCAAGUCUCAUCACGCCAGAAGAAAAGGCACCCAGCCCAGUACAUCUCGAUGAGAAAGUACCUAGCCCAGCCAAGCCAGAUGACAAAGAGCCUAGUCCAGUUAAAUCUGAUGAGAGGAAGCCAAGUCUCAUCACGCCAGAAGAAAAGGCACCCAGCCCAGUACAUCUCGAUGAGAAAGUACCCAGCCCAGUCAAGCCAGAUGACAAAGAGCCUAGUCCAGUUAAAUCUGAUGAGAGGAAGCCAAGUCUCAUCACGCCAGAAGAAAAGGCUCCCAGCCCAGUACAUCUUGAUGAGAAAAUACCCAACCCAGUCAAGCCAGAUGAGAAAGUACCCAGCCCAGACAAGGUGGAUGAAAAAGAGUCUAGUCCAGUUAAACCUGAUGAGAGGAAACCUAGUCUCAUCACGCCAGAAGAAAAGGCUCCCAGCCCAGUACAUCUUGAUGAGAAAAUACCCAGCCCAGUCAAGCCAGAUGAGAAAGUACCCAGCCCAGACAAGGUGGAUGAAAAAGAGUCUAGUCCAGUUAAACCUGAUGAGAGGAAACCUAGUCUCAUCACGCCAGAAGAAAAGGCACCCAGCCCAGUACAUCUCGAUGAGAAAGUACCCAGCCCAGUCAAGCCAGAUGACAAGGAACCUAGUCUAGGUAAACCUGAUGAGAGAAAACCAAGUCUCAUCACGACAGAAGAAAAGGCACCCAGCCCAGUACAUCUCGAUGAGAAAGUACCCAGCCCAGUCAAGCCAGAUGACAAGGAACCUAGUCUAGGUAAACCUGAUGAGAGGAAACCUAGCCUCAUCACGCCAGAAGAAAAGGCGCCUAGCCCAGUACAUGUUGAUGAGAAAGUACCCAGUCCAGACAAGGUGGAUGAAAAAGAACCAAGCCUGGUUAAGCUUGAUGAGAGAAAACCAAGUCUCAUUUCGUCGGACGAUAAAGCUCCCAGCCCAGUACAUCUCGAUGAGAAAGUACCCAGCCCAGUCAAGCCAGAUGAGAAAGUACCCAGCCCAGUCAAGCCAGAUGACAAAGAACCAAGCCCGGUUAAGCCUGAUGACAGAAAACCAAGUCUCAUUACUUCGGACGAUAAAGCUCCCAGCCCAGUACAUGUCGAUGAGAAAGUACCCAGCCCAGUCAAGCCAGAUGACAAGGAACCUAGUCUAGGUAAACCUGAUGAGAGAAAACCAAGUCUCAUCACGACAGAAGAAAAGGCACCCAGCCCAGUACAUCUCGAUGAGAAAGUACCCAGCCCAGUCAAGCCAGAUGACAAGGAACCUAGUCUAGGUAAACCUGAUGAGAGGAAACCUAGCCUCAUCACGCCAGAAGAAAAGGCUCCCAGCCCAGUACAUCUCGAUGAGAAAGUACCCAGCCCAGUCAAGCCAGAUGAUAAAGAGCCUAGUCCAGUUAAACCUAAUGAGAGGAAACUGAGUCUCAUCACACCAGAAGAAAAAGCGCCUGGCCCAGUACAUCUCGAUGAGAAAGUACCCAGCCCAGUCAAGCCAGAUGACAAAGAGCCUAGUCCAGUUAAGCCUGAUGAUAGAAAACCAAGUCUCAUCACGACAGAAGAAAAGGCACCCAGCCCAGUACAUUUCGAUGAGAAAGUACCUAGCCCAGUCAAGCCAGAUGACAAAGAGCCUAGUCCAGUUAAAUCUGAUGAGAGGAAACCUAGUCUCAUUUCACCAGAAGAAAAGGCUCCCAGCCCAGUACAUCUCGAUGAGAAAGUACCCAGCCCAGUCAAGCCAGAUGACAAGGAACCUAGCCCAGUCAAGCCUGAGGAGAGGAAGCCAAGCCUUAUGACGCCAGAAGAAAAAGCUCCCAGCCCAGUACAUCUCGAUGAGAAAAUACCCAGCCCAGUCAAGCCAGAUGAGAAAGUACCCAGCCCAGUCAAGCCAGAUGACAAGGAACCUAGCCCAGUCAAGCCUGAGGAGAGGAAGCCAAGCCUUACGACGCCAGAAGAAAAAGCUCCCAGCCCAGUACAUCUCGAUGAGAAAAUACCCAGCCCAGUCAAGCCAGAUGAGAAAGUACCCAGCCCAGUUAAGCCAGAUGACAAAGAACGAAGCCCGAUUAAGCCUGAUGACAGAAAACCAAGUCUCAUUACGUCGGACGAUAAAGCUCCCAGCCCAGUACAUCUCGAUGACAAAGUACCCAGCCCAAUCCAGUCAGAUGACAAAGAGCCUAGUCCACUUAAACCUGAUGAGAGGAAACCAAGUCUCAUCACGCCAGAAGAAAAGGCUUCCAGCCUAGUACAUCCAGAUGAGAAAGUACCCAGCCCAGUCAAGGUGGAUGAAAAAGAACCAAGCCCGGUCAAGCCAGAUGACAAAGAACCAAGCCCGGUUAAGCCGGAUGACAGAAAACCAAGUCUUAUUACGUCGGACGAUAAAGCUCCCAGCCCAGUACAUGUCGAUGAGAAAGUACCCAGCCCAGUCAAGCCAGAUGACAAAGAGCCUAGUCCAGUUAAGCCUGAUGAUAGAAAACCAAGUCUCAUCACGACAGAAGAAAAGGCACCCAGCCCAGUACAUCUCGAUGAGAAAGUACCCAGCCCAGUCAAGCCAGAUGACAAGGAACCUAGCCCGGUCAAGCCUGAGGAGAGGAAACCAAGCCUUACGACGCCAGAAGAAAAAGCUCCCAGCCCAGUACAUCUCGAUGAGAAAAUACCCAGCCCAGUCAAGCCAGAUGAGAAAGUACCCAGCCCAAUCAAGCCAGAUGACAAAGAACCAAGCCCGAUUAAGCCUGAUGACAGAAAACCAAGUCUCAUUACGUCGGACGAUAAAGCUCCCAGCCCAGUACAUCUCGAUGACAAAGUACCCAGCCCAAUCCAGUCAGAUGACAAAGAGCCUAGUCCACUUAAACCUGAUGAGAGGAAACCAAGUCUCAUCACGCCAGAAGAAAAGGCUUCCAGCCCAGUACAUCCAGAUGAGAAAGUACCCAGCCCAGUCAAGGUGGAUGAAAAAGAACCAAGCCCGGUUAAGCCUGACGACAGGAAACCAAGUCUCAUUACGUCGGACGAUAAAGCUCCAAGCGCAGUACAUCUCGAUGACAAAAUACCCAGCCCAGUACAUCUAGAUGAAAAGGUACCCAGCCCAGACAAGGUGGAUGAAGAAGAACCAAGCCCGGUUAAGCCUGAUGACGGAAAACCAAGGCUCAUUACUUCGGACGAUAAAGCUCCCAGCCCAGUACUUCUCGAUGAGAAAAUACCCAGCCCAGUCAAGCCAGAUGACAAAGAACCUAGCCCAGUCAAGCCUGAGGAGAGGAAACCAAUCCUUACAAUGCCUGGUGAAAAGGCAUCCAGCCCAGUACAUCUCGACGAGAAAGUACCCAUACCAGUGAAGAUAGAUGACAAAGUAGACGAAAAAGAAUUAAGUCUUUCUGAGACUGAUGAAGACCUUUCUAGCAUUAUAUCUGUAGAAAAAAUUAGCAAAGUACCUGACCAGGACUCUGACAAACUUAUAGAUGACAAAUUUAGUCCAAGUAAAACUUUUGGCAGUGUUGAAGUGGAUAGUCAAAAAUUAGUUGAUAAGGAAGAAAAUGAAGAUGGUUUUAUAGUCAUAGAUAAACAUUCUCUUAAAGACAUACACGUAGCUCCUGAAAGUGAUACUAAAAUAAGCUCGAAGGAGGAAAUUGAAAUAGAAGCGGACGAAAUAAUUGGAACAAUAGUCACCAUCGAUGAAAAAUCAUUAGCAUUCAAAAUUUCUGAUGCCAUUCUCAGCAAAGUUCCUGAAAAAGAACCUAGUCCAGAGAAAGAGGCUCAGAUAACGGAUGAUAUGGAUCAAGGUACUAAUAUCAAAGAUGACCUGCUCCACAGUACAAUAACAAAACAACUUACGGGUUUAAAAGAUGAGGGAGAACAACCCGAUAAUGAAGUACCUAGCCCCGAUCUUGUAUCUGAUGCGAGCCCUAUACAAGACAGUCUUUUGAUGACAAAUAUAGAAAAAGAUGACAUUUACCUAGAAAAAGAUAGCAAACAGAUCGUUUCUGACAAAGAUAUAUAUAUCACCGAGAAAGUAGAAAAAACCCUUGAACAAAUAACCAAUAAAUUGAUAACAGAUAAAACUGAAAUCAAGGAAACUACUGAACACCAUUUACGCACAAGUGAUGAACUGGUUAUCAAUACAAAACAAGACUUGAAGAUGGAACUACAACUCGAUGAAAUCACACCAAAAGAUAUCAUUUCUAACAAACUUGAUAACAAGCAAGUUGAUUUAGAAAAGGAUAUACAUCACAUCAAAGACGAAGAAAAAACAAUCGAUGGUGAGCACCAAGACGUAAAGAUUGACGAUUUGCCUGAUGCGAAGGCACCUAGCCCCGGCAAGCCUGAUGAGAAAAUGUCUAGCCCAGUCAAGCCUGAUGAGAAAGUGCCUAGCCCAGUCAAGCCAGAUGACAAAGAAACUGCAGAUGACAACCUUGUUGAGAAAACGCCAAGCCCAGCUAAGCCUGAUGAGGAAGCACCCAGCCCUAUCAAGGCUGAUGAGAAAGUGUCUGCAGAUAACAAGCUUGAUGCAAAAGCACACAGCCCAGUCAAGCCUGACGAGAAGGCACCCAGCCCUAUCAAGGCUGAUGAGAAGAAGACUCCAGAUGACAAGCUAGAUGAAAAGGCACCUAGCCCAGUCAAGCCUGAUGAGAAAGCACCCAGCCCUAUCAAGAGUGAUGAGAAAGUGUCUGCAGUUGACAAGCUUGACGAGAAAGCGCCUAGCUCAGAUAAGCCUGAUAAAGAAGCAUCUAGCCCAGUCAAACCUGAUGAGAAGGUGGCUAGCCGAGUCAAGCCUGAUCUCAAAGAAACUACGGCUGACAAGCUAGAUGAAAAAGUACCUAGCCCAAUCAAGCCUGACGAGAAGGCACACAGCCCUAUCAAGGCUGCUGAGAAAGCGACUAGCCCAGCUAGGCUUAAUGACAAAGCACCCAGCCCAGUCAAACUUGAUGAGAAGGUAGCUAGCCCAGUCAAGCCUGAUGAGAAGGCACCCAGCCCAGUUAAACUUGAUGAGAAGGAAAUAGUUGACGACAAGCUUGACGAGGAGAUGGCUAGCCCAGCUAAGCCUGAUGCAAAAACACCCAGCCUAAUCAAACCUGAUGAAAAAGCACCCAGCCCAGUCCAGCCUGUUGAGAAGACACCCAGCCCUGUGAAGGCUGAUGAAGAGACACCUAGCGCCGUCAAGCCUAAUGAAGAAGCACCCAUUUCAGUCAAGCCUGAUACGGCAUCACCUAGCCCUGUCAAAGUGGAUGAGAAGGAAACUGCAGAUGACAAGAUUGACGAAAAAGUACCUAGUCCAGCAAAGCUUGAUGAGAAGGUACGCAGCCCAGUAAAGUUUGAUGCAAUGAAGACUGUAGAUAGCAAGCAACAGAAAGUACCUAGUUCCUUCAAAUCUGAUGAUAAGCCCGCAUCUGACACGGUUGAUGAAAAAGAGCCCAUAGGUGACCAAUUUAGUGAAAUGACGCUCAGUACAGACAGGACCGAUGAAAAAAUUAUAAAACCAGUAAAACUUGACUUGAUCUCUAGUUUUAAACCAAGUCCAGCUGAAUCAGAUGAAGAAGUUCUCAGUCCCGCUUUAGUGGAGGACACUGAGCCACUUACGAAAAAUUUUGAUAUCUUCGAAAAGCAAAUUUCGGAACAUCUUGAAUCUGGUCUCGAUAUUUCUGUAGAUAAAGGUUUGUCUUUAUUAGGAAGUGAUACAAUAAACACUAUUGAUGAAAUAGAAAUUGAGGAACAGCUUAAUGGCUUUGAACCAAUAGGUGAAACAGAAGAAGAUACAACAUCACAAGUAGUAACAGUCACCGAACGUGGUAUUAUCAUAAUUAGAAAAACAACAAUAACAACUGUAAUACAGGAAUAUACUAAUAUAAAUAAGACAGUGUUCAAAUACAAAAUAACAGUAAUUUCAUUAGAGGCCGAUGAACUACCCGAUGGCACAAAAUUUAGUAGAACGUUUAAAGAAGUUUCUGUUGCAGACACAAAACCUAAAAAGAGUAUGGUUAAAAUUGAAGUAAAGGAGCCAACGCCAGUUACAGAUAUCAACCUCUUAUUGCCCAGCCCUGAUACAUAUGAUGGUACAGAACAUAGCCCAGUGGAAUCUAUUACUAAAGCACCUAGUCCAGUUAAGGCAGACGAGAAGGCACCCAGUCCAACCAAGCCUGACGAGAAGGUACCCAGCCCAGUAAAGACUGAUGAGAAGGCACCCAGCCCAGUCAAGCCCGAUGAAAAGGCGCAGAGCCCAGUCAAAGCCGAUGAGAAGGCACAUAGCCCUGUUAAGGAAGAUGAGAAGGCACCCAGUCUAAUCAAGCCUGACGAGAAGGCACCGAGCCCAGUUGAGCUGGAUGAGAAAACACCCAGCCCAGUCAAGACUGACGAGAAAGCACCGAGCCCAGUUAAGCCGGAUGAGAAAGUGGCUAGCCAAGUCAAGCCUCAUGACAAAGAAAUUGCACAUGACAAGCUGGAUGAAAAAGCACCCAGCCCAGUUAUACCUGACGAAAAGGCACCCAGUCCAGUCAAGCCUAAAGAAAAGACACCGAGCCCAGUCAAGUUUGAUGGGAAAGCACCCAGCCUAGUCAAGCCUGAUAUGAAGGCACCAAGCCCAGUCAAGCCAGAUGAGGAGACACCCAGCCCUGUCAAGCCUGAUGACAAGGCACCUAGCCCUGUUAAGGCAGAUGAAAAGGCACCCAGUCCAACCAAGCCUGACGAGAAGGCACCCAGCACUAGCCCAGUUAAGGCAGAUGAGAAGGCACCCAGUCCAAUUCAGCCUGACGAGAAGGCACCCAGUCCAAUCAAGCCUGACGAGAAGGCACCCAGUCCAAUCAAGCCUGACGACAAGGCAUCUAGCCCAGUUAAGGCAGAUGAGAAGGCACCUAGUCCAACCAAGCCUGACGAGAAGGCACCAAGCCCAGUUGAGCUGGAUGAGAAGGCACCCAGUCCAAUCAAGCCUGACGAGCAGGCCAAGCCUGACGAGAAGGCACCCAGUCCAACCAAGCCUGACGACAAGGCACCUAGCCCAGUUAAGGCAGAUGAGAAGGCACCUAGUCCAACCAAGCCUGACGAGAAGGCACCAAGCCCAGUUGAGCCGGAUGAGAAGGCACCCAGUCCAAUCAAGCCUGACGACAAGGCACCUAGCCCAGUUAAGGCAGAUGAGAAGGUACCCAGUCCAAUCAAGCCUGAAGAGCCGGUCAAGCCUGACGAGAAGGCACCCAGUCCAAUUCAGCCUGACGCCAAGGCACCUAGCCCCGUUAAGGCAGAUGAGAAGGCACCCAGUCCAACCAAGCCUGACGAGAAGGCACCGAGCCCAGUUGAGCCGGAUGAGAAAACACUCAGUCCAACCAAGCCUGACGAGAAGGCACCUAGCCCAGUUAAGGCAGAUGAGAAAACACUCAGUCCAAUCAAGCCUGACGAGAAGGCACCGAGCCCAGUUGAGCCGGAUGAGAAGGCACCUAGCCCAGUUAAGGGAGAUGAGAAGGUACCCAGUCCAAUCAAGCCUGACGACAAGGCACCUAGCCCAGUUAAGGCAGAUGAGAAGGUACCCAGUCCAAUCAAGCCUGAAGAGCCGGUCAAGCCUGACGAGAAGGCACCCAGUCCAAUUCAGCCUGACGACAAGGCACCUAGCCCCGUUAAGGCAGAUGAGAAGGCACCCAGUCCAAUCAAGCCUGACGAGAAGGCAUCUAGCCCAGUUGAGCCGGAUGAGAAAACACUCAGUCCAACCAAGCCUGACGAGAAGGCACCGAGCCCAGUUGAGCCGGAUGAGAAAACACUCAGCCCAGUCAAGCCUGACGACAAGGCACCUAGCCCAGUUAAGGCGGAUGAGAAGACACCCAGUCCGAUCAAGCCUGACGAGAAGGCACCUAGCCCAGUUGAGCCGGAUGAGAAAACACCCAGCCCAAUCAAGCCUGACGACAAGGCACCUAACCUUGUUAAGGCAGAUGAGAAGGUACCCAGUCCAAUCAAGCCUGAAGAGCCGGUCAAGCCUGACGAGAAGGCACCCAGUCUAAUCAAACCUGACGAGAAGGCACCGAGCCAAGUUAAGGCAGAUGAGAAGGCACCUAGUCCAACCAAGCCUGACGAGAAGGCACCGAGCCCAGUUGAGCCGGAUGAGAAGGCACCCAGUCCAAUCAAGCCUGACGAGAAGGCACCUAGCCCAGUUAAGGCAGAUGAGAAGGCACCCAGUCCAAUUCAGCCUGACGAGAAGGCACCGAGCCUUGUUAAGGCCGAUGAGAAGGCACCCAGUCUUAUCAAGCUUGAAGAGCCGGUCAAGACUGUCGAGGAGGCACCCAGUUCAAUCAAGCCUGACGAGAAGGCAUCUAGCCCAGUUGAGCCGGAUGAGAAGGCACCCAGCCCAAUCAAGCCUGACGAGAAGGCAUCUAGCCCAGUUGAGCCGGAUGAGAAGGCACCCAGCCCAAUCAAGCCUGACGACAAGGCACCUAGCCUUGUUAAGACCGAUGAGAAACCAGUCCAAUCAAGCUUGACGAGAAGCCCAGUCAUAGCUGACGAGAAGGCACCUAGCCCCGUUAAGGCAGAUGAGAAGGCACCCAGUCCAAUCAAGCUUGACGAGAAGGCACCGAGCCCAGUUGAGCCGGAUGAGAAGGCACCCAGCCCAAUCAAGCCUGACGACAAGGCACCUAGCCUUGUUAAGACCGAUGAGAAGACACCCAGUCCAAUCAAGCUUGACGAGAAGGCACCGAGCCCAGUUAAGGCAGAUGAGAAGGUACCCAGUCCAAUCAAGCCUGAAGAGCCGGUCAAGCCUGACGAGAAGGCACCCAGUCCAAUUCAGCCUGACGACAAGGCACCUAGCCCCGUUAAGGCAGAUGAGAAGGCACCCAGUCCAAUCAAGCCUGACGAGAAGGCAUCUAGCCCAGUUGAGCCGGAUGAGAAAACACUCAGUCCAACCAAGCCUGACGAGAAGGCACCGAGCCCAGUUGAGCCGGAUGAGAAAACACUCAGCCCAGUCAAGCCUGACGACAAGGCACCUAGCCCAGUUAAGGCGGAUGAGAAGACACCCAGUCCGAUCAAGCCUGACGAGAAGGCACCUAGCCCAGUUGAGCCGGAUGAGAAAACACCCAGCCCAAUCAAGCCUGACGACAAGGCACCUAACCUUGUUAAGGCAGAUGAGAAGGUACCCAGUCCAAUCAAGCCUGAAGAGCCGGUCAAGCCUGACGAGAAGGCACCCAGUCUAAUCAAACCUGACGAGAAGGCACCGAGCCAAGUUAAGGCAGAUGAGAAGGCACCUAGUCCAACCAAGCCUGACGAGAAGGCACCGAGCCCAGUUGAGCCGGAUGAGAAGGCACCCAGUCCAAUCAAGCCUGACGAGAAGGCACCUAGCCCAGUUAAGGCAGAUGAGAAGGCACCCAGUCCAAUUCAGCCUGACGAGAAGGCACCGAGCCUUGUUAAGGCCGAUGAGAAGGCACCCAGUCUUAUCAAGCUUGAAGAGCCGGUCAAGACUGUCGAGGAGGCACCCAGUUCAAUCAAGCCUGACGAGAAGGCAUCUAGCCCAGUUGAGCCGGAUGAGAAGGCACCCAGCCCAAUCAAGCCUGACGAGAAGGCAUCUAGCCCAGUUGAGCCGGAUGAGAAGGCACCCAGCCCAAUCAAGCCUGACGACAAGGCACCUAGCCUUGUUAAGACCGAUGAGAAGACACCCAGUCCAAUCAAGCUUGACGAGAAGGUACCGAGCCCAGUUGAGCCGGAUGAGAAAACACUCAGCCCAGUCAUAGCUGACGAGAAGGCACCUAGCCCCGUUAAGGCAGAUGAGAAGGCACCCAGUCCAAUCAAGCUUGACGAGAAGGCACCGAGCCCAGUUGAGCCGGAUGAGAAGGCACCCAGCCCAAUCAAGCCUGACGACAAGGCACCUAGCCUUGUUAAGACCGAUGAGAAGACACCCAGUCCAAUCAAGCUUGACGAGAAGGCACCGAGCCCAGUUGAGCCGGAUGAGAAAACACCCAGCCCAGUCAAGACUGAUGACAAGGCACCUAGCCCUGUUAAGGCAGAUGAAAAGGUACCUAGUCCAAUCAAGCCUGACGAGAAGCCACCUAGCCUUGUUAAGGCAGAUGAGAAGGCAGCCAGUCUAAUCAAGCCUGAAGAGCCGGUCAAGCCUGACGAGAAGGCACCCAGUCCAAUCAAGCCUGACGACAAGGCAUCUAGCCCAGUUGAGCCGGAUAAGAUGGCACUCAGCCCAGUCAAGACUGACGAGAAGGCACCUAGCUCAGUUAAGGCAGAUGAGAAGGCACCCAGUCCAAUCAAGCCUGACGACAAGGCACCUAGCCCAGUUAAGGGAGAUGAGAAGGCACCCAGUCCAAUUCAGCCUGACGAGAAGGCACCGAGCCUUGUUAAGGCCGAUGAGAAGGCACCCAGUCUUAUCAAGCUUGAAGAGCCGGUCAAGCCUGUCGAGAAGGCACCCAGUCCAAUCAAGCCUGACGACAAGGCACCGAGCCCAGUUGAGCCGGAUGAGAAAACACCCAGCCCAAUCAAGCCUGACGACAAGGCACCUAGCCCCGUCAAGGCAGAUGAGAAGGCACCCAGUCCAACCAAGCCUGACGAGAAGGCACCCAGUCCAACCAAGCCUGACGAGAAGGCACCCAGUCCAAUCAAGCCUGACGAGAAGGCACCGAGCCCAGUUGAGCCGGAUGAUAAAACACCCAGCCCAAUCAAGCCUGACGACAAGGCACCUAGCGCAGUUAAGGCAGAUGAGAAGGCACCCAGUCCAAUCAAGCCUGACGAGAAGGUACCCAGCCCAGUAAAGACUGAUGAGAAGGCACCCAGCCCAGUCAAGCCCGAUGAAAAGGCGCAGAGCCCAGUCAAAGCCGAUGAGAAGGCACAUAGCCCUGUUAAGGAAGAUGAGAAGGCACCCAGUCUAAUCAAGCCUGACGAGAAGGCACCGAGCCCAGUUGAGCUGGAUGAGAAAACACCCAGCCCAAUCAAGCCUGACGACAAGGCACCUAGCCCAGUUAAGGCAGAUGAGAAGGCACCCAGUCCAAUCAAGCCUGACGAGAAGGUACCCAGCCCAGUAAAGACUGAUGAGAAGGCACCCAGCCCAGUCAAGCCCGAUGAAAAGGCGCAGAGCCCAGUCAAAGCCGAUGAGAAGGCACAUAGCCCUGUUAAGGAAGAUGAGAAGGCACCCAGUCUAAUCAAGCCUGACGAGAAGGCACCGAGCCCAGUUGAGCCGGAUGAGAAAACACCCAGCCCAGUCAAGCCUGACGACAAGGCACCUAGCGCAGUUAAGGCAGAUGAGAAGGCACCCAGUCCAAUCAAGCCUGACGAGAAGGCACCGAGCCCAGUUGAGCCGGAUGAGAAAACACUCAGCCCAAUCAAGCCUGACGAGAAGGCACCGAGCCCAGUUGAGCCGGAUGAGAAAACACCCAGCCCAAUCAAGCCUGACGACAAGGCACCUAGCCCAGUUAAGGCAGAUGAGAAGGCACCCAGUCUAAUCAAGCCUGACGAGAAGGCACCGAGCCCAGUUGAGUCGGAUGAGAAAACACUCAGCCCAGUCAAGGCUGACGAGAAGGCACCUAGCCCCGUUAAGGCAGACGAGAAGGCACCCACUCCAAUCAAGCCUGACGAGAAGGCACCGAGCCCAGUUGAGCCGGAUGAGAAAACGCUCAGCCCAGUCAAGGCUGACGACAAGGCACCUAGCCCCGUUAAGGCAGAUGAGAAGGCACCCAGUCCAACCAUACCUGACGAGAAGGCACUUAGCCCAGUUGAGCCGGAUGAGAAAACACUCAGCCCAGUCAAGACUGACGAGAAGGCACCUAGCCCCGUUAAGGCAGACGAGAAGGCACCCAGUCCAAUCAAGCCUGACGAGAAGGCACCGAGCCCAGUUGAGCCGGAUGAGAAAACACUCAGCCCAGUCAUGGCUGACGAGAAGGCACCUAGCCCCGUUAAGGCAGAUGAGAAGGCACCCAGUCCAAUCAAGCCUGACGAGAAGGCACCGAGCCCAGUUGAGCCGGAUGAGAAAACACUCAGCCCAGUCAAGGCUGACGAGAAGGCACCUAGCCCAGUUGAGCCGGAUGAGAAAACACUCAGCCCAGUCAAGGCUGACGAGAAGGCACCUAGCCCCGUUAAGGCAGAUGAGAAGGCACCUAGUCCAAUCAAGCCUGACGAGAAGGCACCGAGCCCAGUUGAGCCGGAUGAGAAAACACUCAGCCCAGUCAUGGCUGAUGAGAAGGCACCUAGCCUUAAGGCCGAUGAGAAGGCACCGAGUCCAACCAAGCCUGACGAGAAGGCACCCAGUCCAAGCAAGCCUGACGAGAAGGCACCCAGCCUAAUCAAGCCUGACGACAAGGCACCUAGCCUUGUUAAGACCGAUGAGAAGACACCCAGUCCAAUCAAGCUUGACGAGAAGGUACCGAGCCCAGUUGAGCCGGAUGAGAAAACACUCAGCCCAGUCAUAGCUGACGAGAAGGCACCUAGCCCCGUUAAGGCAGAUGAGAAGGCACCCAGUCCAAUCAAGCUUGACGAGAAGGCACCGAGCCCAGUUGAGCCGGAUGAGAAGGCACCCAGCCCAAUCAAGCCUGACGACAAGGCACCUAGCCUUGUUAAGACCGAUGAGAAGACACCCAGUCCAAUCAAGCUUGACGAGAAGGUACCGAGCCCAGUUGAGCCGGAUGAGAAAACACUCAGCCCAGUCAUAGCUGACGAGAAGGCACCUAGCCCCGUUAAGGCAGAUGAGAAGGCACCCAGUCCAAUCAAGCUUGACGAGAAGGCACCGAGCCCAGUUGAGCCGGAUGAGAAGGCACCCAGUCCAACCAAGCCUGACGAGAAGGCACCCAGUCCAACCAAGCCUGACGAGAAGGCACCCAGUCCAAUCAAGCCUGACGAGAAGGCACCGAGCCCAGUUGAGCCGGAUGAUAAAACACCCAGCCCAAUCAAGCCUGACGACAAGGCACCUAGCGCAGUUAAGGCAGAUGAGAAGGCACCCAGUCCAAUCAAGCUUGACGAGAAGGCACCGAGCCCAGUUGAGCCGGAUGAGAAGGCACCCAGCCCAAUCAAGCCUGACGACAAGGCACCUAGCCUUGUUAAGACCGAUGAGAAGACACCCAGUCCAAUCAAGCUUGACGCACCGAGCCCAGUUGAGCCGGAUGAGAAAACACCCAGCCCAGUCAAGACUGAUGACAAGGCACCUAGCCCUGUUAAGGCAGAUGAAAAGGUACCUAGUCCAAUCAAGCCUGACGAGAAGCCACCUAGCCUUGUUAAGGCAGAUGAGAAGGCAGCCAGUCUAAUCAAGCCUGACGACAAGGCAUCUAGCCCAGUUGAGCCGGAUAAGAUGGCACUCAGCCCAGUCAAGACUGACGAGAAGGCACCUAGCUCAGUUAAGGCAGAUGAGAAGGCACCCAGUCCAACCAUACCUGACGAGAAGGCACCGAGCCCAGUUGAGCCGGAUGAGAAAACACCCAUCCCAAUCAAGCCUGACGACAAGGCACCUAGCCCAGUUAAGGCAGAUGAGAAGGCACCCAGUCUAAUCAAGCCUGACGACAAGGCACCUAGCCCAGUUAAGGCAGAUGAGAAGGCACCCAGUCUAAUCAAGCCUGACGAGAAGGUACCGAGCCCAGUUGAGCCGGAUGAGAAAACACUCAGCCCAGUCAUGGCUGACGAGAAGGCACCCAGUUCAACCAAGCCUGACGAGAAGGCACCCAGUCCAACCAAGCCUGACGAGAAGGCACCCACUCCAAUCAAGCCUGACGAGAAGGCACCGAGCCCAGUUGAGCCGGAUGAGAAGGCACCCAGCCCAAUCAAGCCUGACGACAAGGCACCUAGCUCAGUUAAGGCAGAUGAGAAGGCACCCAGUCCAACCAAGCCUGACGAGAAGGCACCGAGCCCAGUUGAGCCGGAUGAGAAGGCACCCAGCCCAAUCAAGCCUGACGACAAGGCACCUAGCUCAGUUAAGGCAGAUGAGAAGGCACCCAGUCCAACCAAGCCUGACGAGAAGGCACCGAGCCCAGUUGAGCCGGAUGAGAAAACACUCAGCCCAGUCAAGACUGACGAGAAGGCACAUAGCCCCGUUAAGGCAGAUGAGAAGGCACCCAGUCUAAUCAAGCCUGAAGAGCCGAUCAAGCCUGAAGAUAAGGCACCUAGCCUAGUUGAGCUGGAUGAGAAAACACCCAGCCCAGUCAAGACUGAUGAGAAGACACUCAGCCCAGUCAAACCUGACGACGAAGAAGUAGUGGAUGACAAGCUUGAGGAGAAGGUGCCUGGUCCAACCAAACCUGAUGAAAAGGCAUCCACACCAGUCAAGGCUGAUGAAAAGGCUCCUAGCCCAGUUAAGGCAGAUAAGAUAACACCCAGUCCGGUCAAGACUGAUGAGAAGGCACCCAGUCCAAUUAAGCCUGACGAGAAGGCACCGAGCUUAGUUGAGCCGGAUGAGGAAACACCCAGUCUGGUCAUGACUGAUGAGAAGGCACCGAGUCCAGUCAAACCUGACGACGAAGAAGUGGUGGAUGACAAGCUUAAGGAGAAGGUAUCCACACCAGUCAAGGCUGAUGAAAAGGCACCCAGCCGCGUCACGCCUGAUGAAAAAGCACCCAGCCCAGUCAAGACUGAUGAGAAGGCACCCAGUCGAAUAAUCAAGCCUGACGAGAGGGCACCUAGUCCAGUUAAGGCAGAUCAGAAGGCACCCAGUCCAAUCAAGCCUGACGAGAAGGCACCGAGCCCAGUUGAGCCGGAUGAGAAAACACCCAGCCCAAUCAAGCCUGACGACAAGGCACCUAGCGCAGUUAAGGCAGAUGAGAAGGCACCCAGUCCAAUCAAGCUUGACGAGAAGGCACCGAGCCCAGUCCAACCUGAUGAGAUGAUGGCUAGCUCAAUCAUGCCUGAUUACAAACCAAUUGUGGAUGAUGUACUUGAAGAGAAAGCACCUAGUGCACCCAAACCUGAUGAGGAAGCACCCAGCCCAGUCAAGCCAGAUUACAUAAAACCUGUAGCUGAUAUGUUUGAUGAGAAGUUAGUCAGCUCUCUCAAGUUCCAUGACAAAGAGGAGACUUCUUUCAAAUCAGAAGAGAAGUCAUUGGAUAAAGGAAAACUAGACAAUGGAGAUAUAAGUCCAAGCAUUUCUGUACAAGAAGUAGCUUAUUCAUUCUUGGAUGAUGCAGAACUUGAAGAAAGACUGAAAGAUUUUAAGCCCAUGGGAGACUCGGAAGAAAAAACUGUAACGCAGUAUUUGACGGUUACUGAAAGAGGUGUUGUAAUUGUUAGGACUUUUAUAAUUACUUCCAUUGUUCAGAAGUACUAUAGCAUUACUAGAACUACAAUAAUUUACAAAAUAGUGAUUAACACUAUUGAAGAAGACGAGCUGCCAGAUGGUACUAAAGUCAGGCGUACAUACAAAAAAACUACGUUGAGUGAUACUAAGCCCAGUGUUGAACAACUUUUGCAGCUUUGUUCUCUUCAAAUGAUUGACGAAGAACAACAUAAAGAAACACAGGAAAUUGUGAAGAAAGUAAUAAAACCUGUAGAAUUAGGUGUCAUUUCAGAUCUACCGACACCAAUUCCCAAAGAGUCAAGCGCCGUAAAAGACGGUGACUUCUCUAUUGCAUUGAAACCAGGUGGAAAAGAGCCAAAAUCUGUUACACCUAGCGAGAAGGCUGACAAAAAAGAUAUAAGCCCCACAAAGGCUAUUGAGAAAGCAUCUUUUCCAAUCAAGCUUGAAGACGACGAACACACAACUGAUAAGCUUGACGAUAUUGUGCUCAGCCCAGUCAAGUCUGAAGGGAAGGCACCCAGCUCCAUAAGUGACCAGUUUGAUAAGAAGGCACCUGGCUCGGCCAAGCCUGAUGAUAAAGCGCCCAGCCCUACAAGUGACAAGCUUGAUACGAAGAUUGAUGAAAAGGUACCCAUCCCAGUCAAACCUGAAGAAAUGAAACCUAGCUCAAUCAUAUAUGAACAGGAAGAGCCCACACAUUCUAAGUCUGAUGAGAAGGCGAUCAGCCCUGUUAAGUCAGAUGUCAAAACACUACCAACUAAACCUGGUGAGGAUGCUUCCAGCAAAAUGAAAUAUGACGACAAGGUUUCAAGUCCAGAAAAACAUGACGUGGCGCCUAGCCUAAUCAAGUCUCCUAGUCCUGGUGAGAAAGUUCCAAGCGAAAUCGAUUACGAUGACAAAGCGCCUAUUCCAACGAAACCUGAUGAGAAGUUGGACAAAUUACCUAUUACAGAAACAGGAGUAGAUGUUGUAGAUGAUGAAGAUUUUGAAUCAAUUAGUAGACCCAUAGAAGACAGCACUACAAAAACCGAAAUAGUUACUGAAGACGGUGCAAUGAUUCAGAGAAAGAUCACUGUCACCACCACUACACAAGAAUUCAUCAACACAGCCCGAACUGUUAAGCGUAUCAAAACGACAAUUAGAACCGUAGUAGAAGAUGAGCAUCCAGAUGGUUCUGUCAUCAAGAAAACUAGUGAAAAAAUAACAUUAGCGGAUGAAAGUAUUGCAGAGGCAACAGAUGAUACUGAUGAUACCGACAAUGCAAAGAUUGAAGAAAUUCUUAGCAAUCUUACUCCAUCAGAACCAGAAAUCAUCGAAGACGUUAAAAUUGAAGAAAUCAUUGAAAAUAAAAUCAUAAUACAGAGAACUAUUGUUACUAAGAUCAUUAAAACAAAGUACUCCGACAUUCGUGGUUUACCACACAAAGUGAAAAUAGAAACUAUUGUAACUACAAGUGAUAAAUAUCCUGAUGGAACAACAAAAACGACUGUCGAUACAAGUAUUACAAUUACAAACUUUAGCAUUGAAGAACAUCUAACAAAACUUAAAUCACACCCCGAGGAAAGCACUGUUAGCAAACUGAAACCAGUCACGCCUGAUGAGAAAGCAGCUAGGCCAGCCAUGCCUGAUGAAAAGGCACCUAGCCCAGUCAAACUCGAUGAGAAGGUACCUAGCCCAGUCAAACCUGAUGAGAAACCACCUAGUCCAGCCAAAUCUGAUGAGAAACCACCUAGUCUAGUCAAGCCUGAUGAGAAAGCACCUAGCUCAGUCAAAUCUGAUGAGGUAGGAUCUAGCCCAACCAAGCUUGAUGAUAAGGCGCCUAGCCCAACUAAGUCCGAUGAGAAAGCACCUAGUUCAAUCAAGCCUGAUGAGAAGCCACCUAGCCCAGUCAAGGCUGAUGAGAAGCUACGUAGCCCAAUUGAGCAUGAGGAGAAAGUAGCUAGCCCAGUCAAGCCUGAUAAAAAGUCACCUAGCCCAGUCAAGCCUGAUGGGAAGGCACUUAGCCCAGUCAAGCCCGAUGAGAAGGCACUUAGCCUAGUCAAGUCUGAUGAGAAGGCACCCAGGUCAGACAAGCCUGAUAAGAAAGCACCUAGCACAGUCAAAUUAGAUGAGGAAGCACCUAGCCCAACCAUGCUUGAUGGUAAGGUGCCUAGCACAAUUAAGCCUGAUGAGAAGUCACCUAGCCCUGUCAAACCUGAUGAGAAAGCACCUAGCCCAGCCAAGUCCGAUGAGAAAGCAACAAGCCCAGUCAAGCCUGAUGAAAAGGCACCUAGCCCAACUAAGCCAGAUGAGCAAACACCUAGCCCAGUUAAGCCCAACGAGGAAGUAUUCAGUCCGGGCAAGCUACUUGAGAAGGAGCCAAAAUCUGAUAGUGAAAAGGAUCGACGAUUAGAAAAGAUUGAAGGUUCUACAAAGGAAAUGCAAAGAAAAUCCAAAGAUGAUGAAAAGGACAUUGAUGAAAAGGAAUAUCUUGAUGAACCUACUCUUAUUACAAGUGGUAAGAUGAUACCUGAGAAAGAGAUUUCACCCAAAAUUGAGGAUAUAACAGAUCAUACUGUUGAUGAUGAAAUCGUUCCAAAAUCUAUUAAUAUAACAGAAACAAAAUUAGACGAGCAUCCAAUAGAUGAAAAAGUGGACAUUCUUGAUGUAGACACGGAUGAAAAGGAAAUUUACGAAGAUGGUGAGUCAGUAAGUGAAGAUAGUCAAGUAUUAGAAAAAGUUGAUGAUAAGCACAUUUCGGUUACAACAACAAAGAUGCAGUCCCUAAUUAGUCAAUCUGAAGAAAUGCUGAAACAAGAAAAAAUGGCUAUAUCUCAGUCACAUCACACAAUUAAGCCUCACGAUAUCAAAAAGAGAUCUAUCGUGGAUGAAAAAUACACACAAGAAAUGAUUGAGAGCACAAUAGAUACUCACACUCCUAUUCCACAUGGCAGCAGCUCUGAAGAUGUAUCUAGAGAAACGAGCCUUGAAGAAAAAUAUAGUUUCGAAGGUACUGAAAAAUCAGAAAAGAAAUCCCUUAAAGAUAAGUUAUAUUCUGAUGAAACAUUAAGUCAUAAAGUAGAUUCAUUAACUAUUGAUGACUCAGUUACUUCAACGUUGAAGGAUACGGAUUCCACAAGAGUUCAUGAUGACAAAACUCAAGAACUCGGAUCACCUAAGGAUGAAAUUCCUUUAUCUGAAGCAUCUGAUUCAGGAGUUCAUAGUAUACCGACAGAUUUAGGACCAAGUGACGAAAAAUUUGUGGUGCAAGCAAUGAAAGAUAGUGCUGUGCAUCUUAUGGAAUCUAUACAUAAGGCAUUUGAAGAAGAUACUGUGCAACAAGGAAUCAAGACUGAAAGCAUUGAAUCCUUAGUCAGGGUAUCUACUCCCCCAACAGUUCCAGUAAGUCCGCUUCCUAAAACUCCUAGUAGCUUCCAAGAUGUGAAGAUUAGUGAUGGAGUUCAAAGUGAGGUUACAUAUGACAAGUCUGAUGGCAGUGAAGAAACUAUUACAAAAGUGGUCCAUGUAGGAGAUGACGUACUCACACAAAGAAUUUCAACAUCAACUGAAAAGGUACCCAAAAAGACUACAACCCUAGCAGACGAUGAAUCGGAUCUCUUAUCUCUGAUGCAAAAUGUAGGAAAAAUCAAAACUGAAACUGAUACUGUAACAAAGAUUAUCAAAGAAGGUGAAAAUGUUGUAACACAGACUAUAACUACCGUGACUACUAAAGAAGUAAUCUCAAGAGAAGAUGGGACACCUCAAAACAUUAAGACCACUAUAGAAACUACAACACUUAGCAAAGGAUCUGAUGGUUCUACAACUACAACAAAAGACACACAAACAUUACUAUCAGAAUGUUCUUCCAGCCUUAGAUCUACCUCAUCAAUGGAUUUAUAUGCAAAAGAUAGAUUAGACAAAGAUUAUUUGGAAAACGAAGAAAAGUUUGAAAUUCGUGAUUUGACUGAUAAACGCGAGUCUUCCGUACCUAAAGAUGUAGAAUCUCUCAAAUCCUUUUUAAGUGAGACUGAUGAAUCAGACGACAAUGUUGAAGAUACAAUUAUUGAUACGGAUGUUAGUAAACGAGUAAUUAAAGAAAAUAACAAAGACGUUAUGGAAACUGUAACAACAACAACUAAAAAGGAAACAAUCAAGGUCAGUGACACCAAAAAAUUGAUUCGAACAACAAUUGAAACAAAUGUCACAAAAGAACAUCCUGAUGGUUCAAAAGAUGUUCAGAAAAACGUUGAAGUUAAGACUGAAGAAAUUAUUUUAGAUUCUAGCAGUAAUUUAGAUAACAUUCUUAGCGAAUUUGUAAUUUGUGGUGAACCUGAAGAAAGUGUUACAUCCAAAACAGAGGAAAUUAAACAAGAAACCUUUACCAUAAGACGUACAAUUGUCACAAGAGUAGUUAAAAUCAAAUAUGCAAAUAAACAAGGUGUACCCAAAAAACUCAAGACUGACACAACUAUUACCACCACAGACGAUUACCCUGAUGGAUCAUCUCGCACUAAAGUAGAUAGUAGUACAUCACUGACCGAUAUUGACGUAGAACCCGUAGAAACCCUUGAGCUCCAGGGCAUGGUUUUAGUUGAAGACAAAUCAGUUGAAAGUGAUCAGUGCGAAAAAAGUAUUACUAUUAAUGGAAGAAAUGCUUUGCAAAUUAUAACAACUACAACAACAAAGGAAAUUUUGAGUAAUAUUGAUAGAACUAAGAGAAAGCUCAAGACCACCGUUGAAACUGUGACAGAAACUAUGCUUCCCGACAGUACUACAGAAGUUACGAAGGACGUCAAAGUUUCUGUUUCAGAUAUCGGUAUAGAUGCUGUAGAUGAAAGUCUCGAAGGCUUUGAAUCAAUUGGCAAACCCAUGGAAGACACCACUACAGAAACCGAAAUCGUUACUGAAGACGGUGCGAUUAUAAAAAGAAAGACAACUAUUACCACGACUACACAAGAAUUCAUCAACACAGCCCGAACUGUUAAGCGUAUCAAAACGACAAUCAGAACCGUAGUAGAAGAUGAGCAUCCAGAUGGUUCUGUCAUCAAGAAAACUAGUGAAAAAAUAACGUUAGCGGAUGAAAGUAUCGUAGAGGCAACAGAUGAUACUGAUGAUGCCGACGAUGCAAAGAUUGAAGAAAUUCUCAACAGUUUUACUCCAUCAGAACCUGAAAUCACCGAAGAUGUUAAAACUGAAGAAAUUUCUGAAAAUAAAAUCAUAAUACAGAGAACUAUUGUAACUAAAAUCAUUAAAACAAAGUACUCUGACAGUCGUGGUGUGCCACACAAAAUUAAAACAGAAACUAUUGUAACUACAAGUGAUAAAUAUCCUGAUGGAACAACAAAGAUGACUGUCAAUACAAGUAUCACAAUCACAGACGUUAGCAUCGAAGAACAACUAACAAAACAGAAAAUAUUGGGUAAACCCAAAGUAGCUGACAAGUCUCCUAUGGAAGAGGAAACGCCAAUACAUGACGAUGAAAGCUCUUCGGAAAGCAGCAAAGUGGAUUCCGCUCUAAAAGAAUUUAUUUCUGUAGGUGAACCUGAAAUAAGUGAAUCUAGCGAGUCCGUUGAUGUUAAAGAGAAAGAUAUAAUCAUUAAGAGGACCAUUGUAACCAAAAUAAUCAAAACGAAAUAUUCUGAUAAACAAGGUAAUCUCAGAAAACUCAAGACUGUUACGAUUCUCACUACAACUGAUAAGUAUCCAGAUGGUUCAGCUCGUACAAUUGUUGAAAGUAGCACUUCCGUUACCGAUAUAGAAGUUGAAACUGCAGAUGAUGUUGACGGUUUUGAUCCCACUGGAGAACCAAUCGAAGACACCACUACUGAAACCAAAACUGUAACCGAAGACGGUGUUACUAUAAAAAGAAAAAUAACUAUCACUACAACUGUACAAGAGUAUACUAACGGAGAACAAAACAUUAAACGAACUAAAACAACAGUAAGGACAGUAAUAGAAGAUGAACAUCCCGACGGGUCUGUUGUCACUAGAGCUAGUGAAAAGAUCUCAUUAGUAGACGAAACUCUUAAGGCUCACGAACCUACUGCUGAGGAACAGGCUGAAAUGAAAAAGUUAGAAGCUGCACUUAAAGAUUUAUCUCCCUCAGGUGAACCUGAAAUAAGUGAAGAUAUAGAUAUCAAGGAAAUUAAGGAAGAUGGAAUACAAAUAAAAAGAAUUAUUGUAACUAAAAUUGUCAAAACAAGGUAUAUGGACAGCCAACACGUUCUCAAGAAACUAAAAAUAGUAAAAACUGUUACAACAACCGAUGAAUACCCUGAUGGUGCUGCGAAGACUACUGUAGAUACUAGCACAUCAAUAUCUGAAAUCAAAGAAGACCAAAAAGAUAUCCCAAGUCAACACAUUGUAGGUUAUGAGCAAGUUGGUGAUGUACAAAUUAAUGUCGAGACUAAACAUAAUUUGAUAUUAAGAGAAGGAAAAGAACUUCAACAAAUUAUCACAAUUAAGACAACAAAGGAAGUUCUAGAGUCACAAGAUGGAAAGAAGAAAGUAAGAACUACAGUAGAAACUGAGAGUCAAAUUGGACUACCUGACGGAAAUACAGAAAUAACAAGAGACAAGAAAGUAACGCUCGACGAUUACAAAUCAGAAACAUUUUACGAAAAUCUUGUAGGAUACAUAGAAAUUGACAAACCAAAAGAAUCAGUGCAAACUGCUGAAGAUUCUAUUACAGAAAAUGGUAUCAAGAUCAUUAGGAAAACCACAGUCAUUACAACUGCACAAGAAUUUGAAAACACUGUUACCCGUUCAAGGAAGAUUAAAACAACAACCAGAACUGAAACCGAAGAUGAAUAUCCUGAUGGUACUGUAAUAACAAAAAAGAAGGUAACUGUUACAAUUACUGAUGUGACCGGGCAUUCAUACAAAAAGCAUGAAGACGUCCCAGAACGACCAGAUGACUUGCCCAUUAGCGAUACAGAAAUCGUUGAAAGUAUGACUGAGGAUUUCGAUGUCAAAAACGAAAUAUUACAGCGUGGAUCUAUAACGAUAAGGCGCAAAAUCACAAUAGCGACAAAGCGAGAAUUCUUGGCUAGCAACGAUGUGAAUAUUAAGCGCGUCCGAACGACUGUUGAAACUACAACUGUGGAUGAAUUCCCUGAUGGUGCAACAGAAACAACGAAAGAUGUAAAAAUAACGAUCUCGGAAUUCCAAAAGACCUCAGACAGUGAUUUACAAGCGGCAUUGCAAGGAUUAGAACCAACAGGCAAAGUUAAAACAUCUGUUGAUAAAAAGACUAAUAUUAUCAAAUCCGACCAUGGUGAAAAAAUAACUCAGACAAUUACAACAAACGUCACUAAGGAGGAACUUUGUCAUUGUAAAACGAACGACGUUGCUGUCAAAACAGUAACGGAAACCAUAACUGAAAAUGCUAAAGACGAUGGCACAGUGGAAACAACGAAAGAUGUUCGCACACAAAUCACAUAUCUACCUCCAGGAACAGGGCUCGAUGAUUGGUCUCCAGAAGAACUGGAAGAAAUAGAGAAGCAACCGAUUGCUCAAGAAGAAAGGCAAAUUCUGGAUAACGUGCCCGGCGACACUCAGAAACCAGCUGAUACAAAAGAAAAGCCAGAGUCUAAGCCCAAGAAACAACGCUCACCAGUUGGAGAAAUAACCACUGACACGGAAACGUACACCAAAGUUAUCAAAGAAGGAGAUAAUGAAAUAACACAAACUAUAACUGUUGUCACAACCAAAGAAGUAAUCAGUCCCGAAAAAAUUAAAAUAACCGUUGAAACCACUACAGUUAGCAAAGGAAGCGACGGUGUCACCAAGACCACAAAAUCUACAAAAACCACUAUUUCCGAAUUUCGGGAAGAAUACGAAGAAACUGUAGACACUGGUGAAAGCGAAAAAUCAUUCUCCAAACUCUCUUCAAAAACUGGAGAUAUGCGCAGUUCGUCGGCAGCGAGCGACGACUUAGAUCACCCUGGUAUAUCCUCACCACCAUCAGAUAUAAGCUCAAGAGGGUCUAGAGCUGCUACUCAUAUCUGGGGCACAGAGAGCAGCGGAAUGUAUUAUAGUGACGAAGACGGUCAGGGUAGUCCCAGCAGUACAAAGUCUCAGAUCGCACAUUCACCGAGAUCAAACCUCAGCUUUGAGUUAGACACGGCAAAAUCACAACACGACUUAUUCGAAAAACCAGACCCAAUGUCAACUUCAAUUUACGGACAACUUCCUGAAGAUGACUCGUAUAAAUCUUCAUCACAUUCUGAAGUAACGACGACUGAGUUACUGACGAGCUCGGCAAGAAAAAUGACGGAAGAUUUCUUAACAAAAGAAAGAUCAGAACAUCAAAAACAUGGCGAUGCUACCUUCUUCAAAGAAGCUGACGAACAUUUUGAGAAAGCAAUUGAAGAGCAUAAAAAGGUUAGCGGAUCCCAAGUUAUUUCAAACAUAACAGCGAAAUACGAACUUGACUCGAAAUUCCACUCUAGUUCAAGUCACUCUUCGAAAGAAGAAAGUACAAUUACGUUAAAGGAUAUUAAAUCUGAAACUAAAAAAGUGACAGAAAGCAGUUCAUCAAGCAAACAGGAAACAAAAUUCGAGAAAUCUGAAGUUACCAGUGAAACUAGUAAACCAUCCAAAGAUCCUAUCGAGUCUUGGGGAAAGCCACUAGGUCUGCCCAGUCCGAUUGGAGCCCCAAUGCAAACAGAUGGCAAGAGCACUCCUAAAAAGCAAGCAAGUUCAACAGUAUUGAACAAAAAUAAGAUCAACCAGGAGAAGAGCAAGGAAGCGAAGAGUCGCGCAUCAGAGUCUCCCAGUAAGAAGAAAGCUCCCGCACCUGUCUACAUGGAGCUGACGUAUGUUCCACAUCACGGCAACUCAUACUAUUCAGCCAUUGAAUUCUUCAAACGCGUCCGGGCACGCUACUAUGUGUUCUCUGGAACAGAGCCAUCGAAGGAAAUCUACAACGCCCUGCUCGAUGCCAAGAAGACAUGGGAAGAUAAAGAUUUAGAAGUCACCAUUAUCCCAACGUAUGACACCGACGUUCUUGGCUACUGGGUGACAGAGAACGAGGAAGCUCUGGAGAAGUACAAGAUCGACCUCUCGCCGUCUGCGUCACGGUGCACCAUCAACCUCCAGGAUCAUGAGACAUCGUGUGCGGCCUAUAGACUCGAGUUCUAG